AUGGAAGCCUGGCAGCAGGAAUGGUUCCAGUCGCGGACCACAUUCCUGAGAAAGAUCAAGGAAACCGUACGCUCCUGGCUGAACAGCCAAAAGUAUAAGGACCAGUGGAUCAUCUCAAGACUCCGGACUGGCCAUGCGAGGAUUUCCUGUAAUUUCCGCAAGGUUGGUUUAAUUUGCGCCUCGGUGGAACACGUGCUGUGUGUCUGCCCGGAGUUCCAGAAGCUACGUGAACAACAUGGACUCCCGGAGAACGUCAGUAAUCUGCUUGGUUACGACCCCUCGACGUUGGCUGCACUGAUCGCCUUUCUGAAGGACGCCCACUUAAGUACUGACAGUGUGCCUACUACAAACGAUGAUGAAAUCAUUCAGCAACUCAAGGAAAAGUUUCUAGAAACUCAUGAUAAUAAUGAGAAGUAUCGCAUUCUCACGACUUUACCUAGAAGCUGGUCAGCAUAUAAAAUAACGAAGGAAUUCGGUGUUUCUCAAUAUAUGGUGGAUCGGACCAAAACACUACAGGAAAACAAGGAGAUAAUGACGACACCAGGAAGAAAGCUGAGCAGGGCGUCUUUAGCAGAAGAAACUUUAUCACUCGUGCGUGAAUUCUAUAUCAGUGACGAAAUAAGCCGAGCUUGUCCAGGAAAACGCGACUAUGUUAUUACAAAAAGUGUCGAUGGUAAGGUUUAUAUACAACGAAGAUUAGUAUUGUGUAAUUUACAAGAAGUUUAUGCCAUUUUCAAGGAUAAAUAUCCCGCAACUAAAAUAGGGUUUUCAAUGUUUGCAAGUAAACGCCCUAAGCAUUGCAUUCUGGCAGGAACGAGUAGCACACAUACUGUUUGUAUGUGUGUUUACCACCAAAAUGUUAAAUUAAUUUUUAAAACUCUUCAAGAUAGAAAGUCACUUCCAGUUGAUGUGAAAUCAUACCAUGACUUGUUUUUUAAAAUUCUUUGCACCAACCCCACAGAACAGUGUUGGUUAAAAAUGUGUGAAAAUUGCCCAGGUAUACAAAAUUUGGCUUCAGAAAUGGUUACCAUCCUGACCGAUGGAAAUGUGGAAUCCUUAAAAUUUAAACAAUGGCGUCAAACUGACCGUUGUAUCAUGGAUUUAGUGGAGUUGGAAACUCAAGAGUUUAUAGACAUGUUUUUGGAAAAGUUAUCCGAUUUAUCACCACAUGAUUUCAUAGCUGAACAACAAGCGCAGAUGUUGCAGGUAUUCAUCCUGCCAUCUCUGCCAAAACUGCAGAGUUUGAUGCUGAAUACGCUUCCAGCGUACCGAUAG